AUGCGUCUCUCUUUCGCCGCUGUCUUUGCCGCCGUCGUGGCCGGUGUCGUCGCCACUGAGCCCGCCGAGGAUGUUUCCACCGUCAUGGUCACCGAAACCACCACCUACUGCCCGUCCAGCUCCGCUGCCGCCGUCACCAGCACGCCUGCUUCCGAGGAAAUCACCACGAGCAACGGCCUCCCCUACACCGUCACCCGCCCCAUGAUCACCUCCACCAUCACCCACUGCAACAAGUGCUCCAGCACCGCCAUCCCCAGCCCCAGCAAGACCCCCAUCAAGUACCCCAUCCUCCCCCCCUCCUCGACUCCCCUGUCGUCCACCCCCGGCGUCAACCCCACCGGCUCCGCCACCACCCCCGCCGCUCCCAUCUUCACCGGUGGUGCCUCGCGCGCCGCCGCGGGCGCCGGCGCCGGUCUGGCCACCGUCUUCGGUCUCGUCGCUUAUCUGCUCUAA